AGCGACUCGAAAUUCAACAAAUAUACCUAUCCAGAUGGCACCCCGUAGAAAGAAGCAGCGUCUCUCGGAGGAAGGCGCUAAGGCCGUCACCGCCACUGUCGACGUCGAACAAGCCGCCAGUGCACCAACAAAUGACCGCAAGUCGAAUGCCCGCAGACAGCUCUUCGUUCGCAGUCUCGCGAAGGAAGUCACGACCGAGGCACUCACCGAAUUCUUUUCUGACUCUUACCCAAUCAAGAACGCGCUCGUUGUUCUCGACAAGGAUACCAAGGAAUCGAAAGGUUACGGUUUUGUCACAUUCGCCGAUGUCGAAGAUGCACAGCGCGCACUCGAAGAGCUUGAUGGCGCAAAGCUGCAGGGCAAGAAGAUCCGUCUCGAGAGCGCCGAGGCAAGGCAUCGCGAGGAUGGAGUUGAGGGCAAGGGCCAGAGGUUGAAGGCGGAGCGCGAGGCGCAAAAGAAGGAGAAUCAGACGCCCAAGCUGAUUGUUCGCAACCUGCCGUGGAGCAUCAAGAAGCCCGAGGAUCUUGAGAAGCACUUCCGUAGUUUCGGCAAGACGCACUUCAUAAACCUGCCCAAAAAGCCUAACGGCGAGCUGCGAGGUUUUGCCUUCGUUGCUAUGCGUGGCAAGAAGAAUGCCGAGAAGGCAUUAGCGGAGCUCAACGGCAAGGAGAUUGACGGCCGGCCGAUUGCCGUGGAUUGGGCUGUGGACAAGGAUGCAUGGCAGACACUGCAGAAGACCGAGCAGGAGGGUGAGGAGGCAGAGGAUAAGAAGGAUUUGGAUAUGGAGGAUGCUAAUUCUGACGCCGAGUCGAGCGAAGAGCCGUCAGACGACGAAUCCGAAGAGGACGGUAGCGAGGACGACAAAGACGACAGCAACACUGACUAUGACGACGAAGACAUUUCAGACGACGAAGAGGGCGGUGUCGAGCUUGAAGAGCCCAAGCCACAGCGACCAAACCACGUCCUUUUCAUCCGUAAUUUGCCCUUCACCGUUGACGACGACAGCCUCAAGGAGCAUUUUCAGCAGUUCGGCGCCAUCCGCUACGCCCGUGUUGUCGUCGACCGUGACACCGAACGACCCAAGGGCACAGGCUUCGUAGCUUUCUUCAAUGAGGAGGAGAUGAUCAACUGCCUGAAGGGCGUACCAAAAGUCACACUGCACACCAAGAACGUUGAGCGCAAAGACGGCGCAACCAUCACAACGACGCACUCCGUCCUCGAAGACGCCGACGCCGAUCCCACAGGCAAAUACACCAUGGACGGGCGCAUCCUCUCGCUCAGCCGCGCCGUCGACAAGAACGAAGCCACCCGCCUGACUGCUGAAGGCGCCGCGAACCGCUUUAACCGCGACAAAGACAAGCGGCGCCUCUACCUCCUCAACGAAGGCACCAUCGCCUCGAACUCGCCGCUAUACUCGCAACUCGCGCCCUCGGAAGUUAAGAUGCGCGAAGACAGCGCGACGCUUCGUAGAAAGCAGAUCCAAGAAAACCCCUCCCUCCACCUCUCUCUCACCCGUCUCUCCGUCCGCAAUAUCCCCCGCUCCAUCACCUCGAAGGACCUCAAACAACUAGCCCGCAAAGCCGUCGUCGGGUUCGCCGAGGACGUAAACAACGGCAAGCGGCAACGACUCAGUAAAGCCGAAAUAGCGCGCGGCGGCGAAGAAAUGGUCAUCGCGGAGAAGAUCCGUAAGAAGCGUGGAAAAGGUAUCGUCCGGCAAGCCAAGGUUGUCUUCGAGACCGAAAAGGGUUCGAAAGUUGGAGAGGAGACAGGUGCGGGAAGGAGUAGAGGGUACGGGUUCAUCGAGUACUACACGCACCGCAACGCGCUCAUGGGUCUGCGCUGGCUGAACGGGCACGCCGUCGAUUACAAAGUCAAAGGCGACGCGCCGAAGAGCAAGAAAGCGCAAAAUGAGGCGCUGGAAGACAAGCGGAAACGUCUGAUCGUUGAAUUCGCAAUCGAGAACGCAAACGUCGUUUCGCGCCGGUCAGCCGCAGAAGAGAAGUCCCGCGAGCCGAAGCCGGACAAGGUCGAGGUUGAGUCCGCCGCCGAGGACGACACAAAGACUGGCAAGGAUAAGGGCCAGAAGCGGAGGCGCGACUCAAGCUCCGGUGCAGGUCGUGACGCGAAGAAGGCCAAGGGCAGGGAUGGCGGCAGCAAGGCGCUAGGGUCGGGCGCGGAAGGGAAUAAGCGGCCCGCUGCUGCAGAGGGCGACAUGGAUAAGGCGAAGUUGGCGCAGCGGACGCGGAUUAUUGCGCAGAAGAGGAUGAAGAGGAAGGCGAACCGGGCGAAGUAGUCUCACAUUCUGUAUGGAUGAGGGGAGGCGCAUAGCGAUGGCGUUAG